AUGUAUUUCUAUCUAUCUAUCUAUCUAUCUAUCUAUCUAUCUAUCUAUUUUCUUCUGUUUUUUUUAUCUAUCUAUCUAUCUAUCUAUCUAUCUAUCUAUCUAUCUAUCUAUCUAUCUAUCUAUCUAUCUAAUACAGUUCUGCAUAAACCUAUCGCAGUCUGUUUUUUUUAUCUAUCUAUCUAUCUAUCUAUCUAUCUAUCUAUCUAUCUAAUACAGUUCUGCAUAAACCUAUCGCAGUCUGUUUUUUUUAUCUAUCUAUCUAUCUAUCUAUCUAUCUAUCUAGCUCAGUCUGUUCUUUAUCUAUAUCAGCGAUUUCUCUCUCUGUCUAUCUCUCUCUCUCUAUCUAUAUAUCUGUUUAUCUAUAUAUACCAGUAUGUUUCUUCACAUCUAUCUAUCUACCUAUCACAUGUUGUACUUGAUCUAUCUAUCGCAGUCUGUUUUAUCUAUCUAUCUAUCUAUCUAUCUAUCUAUCUAUCUAUCUCAGUUUGUUCUUUAUCUCUCUAUCUCAGUGAUCUCUCUCUCUCUCUCUAUCUAUCUAUAUAUCUGUCUAUCUAUGUAUAUCUGUUUGUUUCUUCAUAUCUAUCUAUCUAUCUAUCUAUCUAUCACAUGCUGUACUUGAUCUAUCUAUCGCAGUCUGUUUUAUCUAUCUGUCUAUCUAUCUAUCGCAGUUUGUUCUUUAUCUCUCUAUCUCAGUGGUUUUUUCUCUCUCUCUAUCUAUAUAUCUGUCUACCUAUGUAUAUCUGUUUGUUUCUUCAUAUCUAUCUAUCUAUCUAUCUAUCUAUCUAUCUAUCUAUCUAUCACAUGCUGUAUUUGAAUUAUCUAUCGCAGUCUACUUUACCCAAUUAUCUAUCUCAUGUUACCCCGAGUUGA